AUGCGUCCUAUUGUGCUUUCGGGUCAUACCCGUUCGUUGAACCAGAUCAAGUUCAACCGUGAGGGUGACCUGCUUUUUUCCGUGUCGAAGGACAACCUUGUGAACGUGUGGUACUCCCACAAUGGUGAGCGUCUCGGCACGUACAAUGGCCACAACGGUACCGUGUGGUCUGUCGAUGUGGAUAAAGACACAAAGCUCCUGAUUACAGGCUCUGCUGACAACCAAAUGCGCCUUUGGGAGGUGCAAACCGGCACAUGCUUGUACGUGUGGGAGUUCCCCACGGCUGUGAAGCGCGUCGCUUUCAACAGCGACGGUACACAGGUGCUGAUGAUUACGGAGGAGCGUAUGGGGUACCGUGGUGCUCUUCGUGUCUUUGAGAUUAACCGUGACCCUGCCACGUGGACGCAGCAGAGCCAGGAGCCUAUGCGAACCAUUACAUUUUCGGGCAGCAAAGCGACAGUGGCUGCCUUUGAUGCGUUUGAUACUCAUAUUAUUACAGGCCAUGAAAAUGGCAAAGUGGCUCUGUACACACAUGAUGCGAAAGAGCCAGAGUCGGGCAUUGAUGCAGAAUUGGAAGUGCACUACGUCAAUGCGCAUACGGAGAAUGUGACAGACCUGCAGCUUAGCUGGGACAGCACAUAUUUCAUUACGUCGAGCAAGGACAAGACCUCGCAUAUUAUUGAUGCCACGACACUCGAUGUGAUCAAGACAUAUCCUACCGACACGCCGCUGAACUCUGCCAUUACGUUGCCCACGCGGCCCUACGUGGUGGUCGGUGGUGGUCAGGAGGCGAUGAGCGUCACGACCACUAGCGCGCGUCAGGGUAAGUUUGAGUCGCGUUUCUGGCACAAGGUGUUUGCGGAAGAGUGUGCACGUCUCCCUGGCCACUUCGGUCCGAUCAACACGCUGGCUGUGCACCCUACUGGCAAUGCCUAUGCGAGCGGCGGUGAGGAUGGUUAUGUUCGUAUCAACUGGUUCGACGAUUCCUUCUUCAAGACCAAGCCGUACGGCGCUGACUUUGAAAUUGCCGACGAGGACCAGUAA